AUGGCCGCACGUAGGAUUGACGGGAAUGCGAUCGCACGGUCAAUCCGUGAGCGCUUGUCCGCUGAGAUCACCGAGACGCAAAAGACCAUUCCUGCUUUCCACCCUUCCCUCGCAAUCAUCCAGGUCGGAGAGCGUCCCGACUCCUCCCAAUAUGUUCGCAUGAAGCAAAAGGCUGCGACCGAGGCCGGCAUCACUUGCAACAUCUACAAAUUACCCGAGACCAUCACCGAGCCCGAACUCCUCAAGGAGAUCGGCAAGCUCGACAACGACCCCGCUGUGCACGGUAUUCUCGUCCAGCUUCCCGUCCCCAAGCACAUCAACGAGCAGGCCGUUACCGAGGCUGUGUCGCUGGCGAAGGACGUUGAUGGUUUCUCUACUGUGAACAUUGGAGAGUUGGCGAAGAGGGGUGGACAGCCUACCCACGUUCCCUGUACCCCGGCGGGUAUCAUGCACCUCCUCCGCGAAUCCGGCGUUGACCCCAGCGGUAAGCGUGCCGUCGUUUUGGGUCGUUCCGACAUUGUCGGAUCUCCCGUUUCUUACUUGUUGAAGGAGGCCGACGCUACCGUCACCGUCUGCCACUCCCGCACCCAGAACAUCGAGGAGAUCGUCCGCGAGGCCGACAUCGUCGUCGCUGCCAUUGGUAAGGCCGAGUUCGUAAAGGGAUCGUGGUUGAAGCCCGGAUGUACCGUUAUCGACGUUGGUACCAACUUUAUCCCCGACUCUACCAAGAAGUCUGGGUCCCGUCUCGUCGGUGACGUUGAGUUUUCCGCUGCCGCCGAGGUCGCCGGUGCCAUCACCCCCGUCCCCGGAGGUGUCGGACCCAUGACCGUCGCCAUGCUCUUGCAGAACGUCGUCAACUCCGCCAAGACCCACCAGACCGCCUCUGCCAAGAAGGCCAUUCGUCCCCUCCCCCUCGACCUCCAGGACCCCGUUCCCAAUGACAUCACCAUCGCCCGUUCCCAGACUCCUAAGCUCAUCUCUGAGGUCGCUGAGGAGCUCGGUAUCGCCGAUACUGAGUUGGAGAUGUACGGUCGCUACAAGGCCAAGGUCGACCUUUCCAUCUUGAAGCGUUUGGAGCACAAGAAGGAUGGUCGUUACGUCGUCGUCACUGGUAUCACCCCCACUCCUCUCGGUGAGGGUAAGUCCACCACCGUCAUGGGUCUCGUUCAGGCCCUCGGUGCUCACCUCGGUAAGACCGCUUUCGCUACCGUCCGUCAGCCCUCCCAGGGUCCUACUUUCGGUAUCAAGGGUGGUGCCGCAGGUGGAGGUUACUCUCAGGUCAUUCCCAUGGAUGAGUUCAACUUGCACUUGACUGGUGAUAUCCACGCUGUCACUGCUGCUAACAACUUGUUGGCUGCUGCCAUUGACACCCGUAUGUUCCACGAGAACACUCAGAAGGACAAGGCUUUGUACUCUCGUCUCGUGCCUGCUAAGGGCGGUGUCCGUAAGUUCGCACCUGUCAUGUUCAGGCGUCUCAAGAAGUUGGGUAUUGACAAGACCAACCCUGAUGACUUGACCGAGGAGGAGAUCACGAAGUUCGCUCGUCUCGAUAUCGACCCUGAGACCAUCACUUGGCAGCGCGUCCUCGAUGUUAACGACCGUUUCUUGAGGAAGAUCACUGUUGGUCAGGGAUCUACCGAGAAGGGCUUCACCCGCCAGGCUGGAUUCGAUAUCUCUGUCGCUUCGGAGUGUAUGGCCGUCCUUGCUCUCGCUAACGACUUGAAGGACAUGCGUGAGCGUUUGGGCCAGAUGGUCGUCGCCUCUUCUCGUUCCGGCGAGCCCAUCACUGCCGAUGACAUCGGUAUCGGAGGUGCUUUGACCGUCUUGAUGAAGGACGCUAUCAAGCCUAACCUCAUGCAGACCAUUGAGGGUACCCCCGUCUUCGUCCACGCUGGUCCCUUCGCUAACAUCGCUCACGGAAACUCCUCCGUCAUCGCUGACAAGAUCGCCCUUAAGUUGGCUGGUACUACCCCUAACGCCGAGGAGGCUCCUGGAUACGUCGUUACCGAGGCUGGCUUCGGUGCUGAUAUGGGUAUGGAGAAGUUCUUUGACAUCAAGGUCCGUCGCUCUGGUUUGACUCCCGACGCCGUCGUCCUCGUCGCUACCGUCCGUGCGCUUAAGUCCCACGGUGGUGCCCCGGACGUCACCCCCGGACGUGCCCUUCCCGCCGAGUACUCCACCGAGAACGUCGAGAUGGUCCGCAAGGGUUGCGCCAACUUGCGCAAGCACAUCGAGAACGCCGGCAAGUUCGGUAUGCCCGUCGUUGUUGCCAUUAACCAGUUCCACACUGAUACUCAGGCUGAGCUCGACGCUGUCCGUGAGGAGGCUUUGGCUGCUGGUGCCAAGGCUGCUGUUCCUACUUACCACUGGGCUAAGGGUGGUGCGGGUGCCAUUGACCUCGCCGAGGCUGUCAUGGAGGCUUGUGAGUCUCCUGACAAGAACUUCAAGUUCUUGUACGAGCUCGACAUCCCCAUCGAGCAGAAGAUCGAGACUAUCUGCAAGGAGAUUUACAACGCCGAUGGUAUCGAGCUCUCUGACCUCGCUAAGAAGAAGAUCGAGACCUACACUAAGCAGGGUUUCGCUAAUCUGCCCAUCUGUAUGGCCAAGACCCAGUACUCUAUCUCCCACGACCCCACCCUCAAGGGAUACCCCGCCAACUACGGCAAGGUUCCUAUCCGUGAUAUCCGCGCUUCCGUCGGUGCUGGAUUCUUGUACCCCUUGGCUGCUGAGAUUCAGACUAUCCCUGGAUUGCCCACUGCCCCGGCCUACUUGAACAUCGACAUCAACGAGGACGGCGAGAUCGAGGGUAUGUUCUAG